GGGUGUGUGUUAACAAACGAAAGAGAGGGAGUUCCAUGGAAAGGGAGCAGGUUUGAAGCUGCGCCCGGUCUCCUCGCAUUGGCUUAUCGAUUGUGUCUGUCGUCUCGGUAACCGGAGAUCCGACCCUGACUGACAAUGUAUCCGUGCAUAGGCAAAUGGGGAUGCAGGUUGGAUUCAACUCACAAAAGGGGUGUAUGGGGGUGUAAUGUUACAAUGUGUGCGGUGUGCAGAAGAGAAAAAGAGUGCACCAAUCUGUGAAUAACGGGUUGGGGAAACAGAUCUUCUAUCACUUCCCCUGAAUUAAAAAAAACUCACCCCAUUCUAUCGUAAUUGCAAGGUUCAAAGCACUGGUUGACUUAAAAAAACAAACAUUUUUUUUAGCCAACUGCACAACAAACAGUUGUCUGUGUGUGUGCAUUCAUUGAGCGUAGAGGGAUCGCAGCACUUCACAGCUAAAGAGAUGUCUGCUUCGCGCAUAGGACACAUGUUACCAUCCAGAAGCGUGAGCGUUUUGAAAGGAGGAAAUGUAUGGUUUUUCGGCGGCGGGGCGCAAGACCCCGCGGGGUACCUCGUCCUCUGGAGUCCGCUCAAUGCUGAUUCCAUCUCAGCUGUCACCUUUCCCCCCCCAGAGUAUAGCAUUUUCAGGAGUCAGCGAACGGCGGCGUGGACUUGCCCAAGAGAAAAUGAACGAGAAUGGAGUGUUCUCCCGGGACAAGGUGUUGACCAUCGACACCAUGAACCCCACGGUGAAGAAUGUCGAGUAUGCGGUGCGCGGACCCAUUGUACAGCGCGCCAUGCAGAUCGAGAAAGAGCUGAGAGAGGGAGUGAAGAAGCCGUUCACUGAGGUCAUCAAGGCCAACAUCGGUGACGCCCAUGCCAUGGGCCAGCAGCCAAUCACCUUCUUCCGACAGGUCUUGGCACUCUGCUCCUAUCCGGAACUAUUGAAUGAAAACAUGUUUCCAGAGGAUGCCAAAAACAGAGCACAACGCAUUCUGCAGGCUUGUGGAGGUGGUAGUGUGGGUGCAUACAGUGCCAGCCAGGGAAUAGACUGUGUGCGGCAGGACGUGGCUCGCUACAUCGAGCGUCGGGAUGGGGGUGUACCCUGUGACCCAGACAACGUCUACCUCACCACCGGCGCCAGCGACGGCAUCGUAACCAUGCUGAAACUAUUGGUGUGUGGUGAGGGUGCAUCGAGGACAGGGGUGAUGAUCUCCAUCCCUCAGUACCCUCUGUACUCGGCUGCCCUGGCUGAGCUGGGCGCUGUACAGGUCAACUACUACCUGAACGAGGAGAAGUGCUGGAGCAUGGACCUUAGUGAGCUAGAGAGCUCCCUAGCGGAGGCCAGGAAGCACUGCAACCCCAAAGCCCUCUGCAUCAUCAACCCUGGUAACCCCACUGGUCAGGUCCAGAGCAGACAGUGUAUUGAGGACGUGAUCCGAUUCGCUGCUAAAGAGCGACUCUUCCUGAUGGCUGAUGAGGUGUACCAGGAUAAUGUGUAUGCGGAGGGUUGCCAGUUCCAUUCCUUUAAGAAGGUGCUUUUUGAGUUGGGACCAGAGUACUCUGACAAUGUAGAACUGGCGUCCUUCCACUCCACCUCCAAGUGCUACAUGGGAGAGUGUGGUUUCCGUGGGGGUUACAUGGAGGUGAUUAAUAUGGACGCGGAGGUGCAGGCCCAGCUCUCUAAGCUGGUGUCGGUCAGACUGUGUCCCCCCAUCCCUGGUCAGGCUCUGAUGGACCUGGUGGUCAACUCUCCCCAGCCUGGAGAACCUUCCCACAUCACCUUCAUGAAGGAGCGCACAGCCACCCUCAGUCUCCUGGCAGAGAAGGCUAAACUGACAGAGCAGAUUCUGAACACAGUACCUGGGAUCACCUGUAACCCUGUUCAGGGAGCCAUGUACUCAUUCCCUAACAUCAGCCUGCCAGAGAAAUCCAUCAAGGAAGCUAAGGCGCUUGGCCAGGCUCCAGACAUGUUCUACUGUAUGAAGCUGUUGGAGGAGACUGGCAUCUGUCUGGUCCCAGGAAGUGGCUUCGGACAGAAGGACGGCACCUACCACUUCAGGAUGACCAUUCUGCCGCCCACAGAAAAGCUGAAGAUCUUACUGGCUAAAGUAAAAGAGUUCCACCAGAAAUUCACUCAGCAGUACUCUUAACUAUCUUCCUUAACUUCCUAACUUUCACCCAAUCAGAAGAGAAUAGCACACUGAGCACUAUGCGCAGUCUACCAGCCAACCUCACAGAAUUUCUGUCACUAAGUGCCUACUGUGUUGGUGACUCUGUCGCCAGUCACCUUGAUCAUGCACUUUAGCCCCUUAGCCUACAAGAUUCCAAUAAAUGGUGGACUCCGACUGUACAUGUAAAACUGUAGUGAUUAUGAACACCCAGGAUAUUGGGAGAUGUAGUUUUUAGAAAUCAGGACAAGAGCUGUAGUUUUUUGGGACAUAUCAAAUUCAGUUCAAUCUGGCAUACUUGAUCAAAUGUAUAUUAAUUGUCAUCUCAGUUGUGUUUUUGUGUGUGUGCAUGCGUGUGUGUGGAAAAGAGGUUAUGUGUCCUUGAUUACAAGUCAAUGCCAGUAUAAUGGUACAGUAGUGCUGUAUGCAAUGAAGAAACUGAAAGCACUAGUACAUUAUUUCCAAACUCUGUAGAAAUGAUUUUGACAGUAUUGUAGACAAAGGCACAGGGAAGUAUUGUAUAUUCUAGAAGCUUUCACAAUGAUUUUAAAUUGAAAGAUGAUUUUAUUGUAUUGAAAAUCUCCAUCAUAUAGUAUUUUAUAUCUCCAGCCGUACAGACAGCCCUCCUAAGCACCCAUACCUAUACCUUUUAGUCUGUAAAGAUUUUUCUCCCUCCUUCUCUCUACAGGGGCUGCCAGCCUUCAUUAUCCAUGACAAAGCACAGCCCCUUUCUUAAUUAACCACCUUUUAGUAUUUCUAUAUCCCUUACAAUCCCCCCUCACAGCCCUUACAAUCUCCCCUCACAGCCCUUACAUCUCCUCACAGCCCUUACAAUCUUUCCUCACAGCCCUUAUAUCUCCUCUCACAGCCCUUACAAUCUCCCCUCACAGACCUUACAAUCUCCGAUCACAGCCCUUACAUCUCCUCUCACAGCCCUUACAUCUCCUCUCACAGCCCUUACAAUCUUCCCUCAGCCCUCACAUCUGCCCUUAUAAUCUCCGAUCACAGCCCUUACAUCUCAACUCACAGCCCUUACAUCUCCUCUGACAGCCCUUACAAUCUCCCCUCAAAGCCCCUCACAAUCUCCCCUCACAGCCAUUACAUCCCACCUCACAGCCCUUACAUCUCCUCUCACAUCCCUUGCAAUCUUCCCUCAGCCCUUACAUCUGCCAUUACAAUCUCCCCUCACAGCCCUUACAAUCUCACCUCACAGCCCUUACAAUCUCAUCUCACAGCCCUUACAUCUCCCCUCACAGCUCCUACAAUCUCCCCUCACAGUCCUUACAAUCUCCCCUCACAGCCCUUACAUCUCCCCUUAAGAUCUCCCCUCCCAUCCCUUACAUCCCAUCGCACAGCCCUUACAUCUCCUCUCACAGCCCUUACAUCUCCCCUCACAGCCCUUACAAUCUCCCCUCACAGCCCUUACAAUCUCCCCUCACAGCCCUUACAUCUCCCCUCACAGCCCUUACAUCUCCCCUCACAGCCCCUCACAGUUCUCACUAAUUUAAUUGGGUGCGCUUGUUUUACACAGUCACCUUUCUACAUCUUCGUUCCCUGAGAGACAGCAAAAAUGUUCUCUUUGUCAUGAUAGUGGUAACUCCUCUUUCGGAUAAUAAUUCACAUAUGAAUGAUAUUCAAGUGGGUGAAUAAGUGAUUGAAACAAUCAAGCCAACAAGAUUGAAACAAAUCAUUUGAGAGAGAGAGACUGAGGGGUACCAUCUGUCCAGAAAGCCUUUUCUCCGUGUCCAGCAGAUGUCCUGAUAUUGGAUGCUAUUUAGCUACAUGGUAUUAACUCACAAGUGGAGAAAUGGGGUGUCAACAACAUACUAGUACUAUUGUUCAAAUAUGACAAAUUCAGAUAAGGCUUGAUUCCCAGUGGAUUAUCUGACCCUUAUAUCUGACCAUAACCUACUUUGCCAUACUAUCUACAUGUAUAAUUUUGAAUAUUAACAUGUAAUAACCAUGUAAUAAUGUUAAUUUACAGAUGAACUUCAAAACAUUUUCACAACCACUACCAAACUAUUUUAUAUAGCAAUACAAAAUUACAGAAAUCUCUAUAUUGCAGGCUCACGAACACAAGAAAACACAAGCUUAACUAGCAAUUGUCUCAUGAUGACACUGUAUCGGUUUCUCUGCCUCUACUACUACAGACCUGGCCCAAUCUAUGAUUUCCUCUCCUUUCACUGCAUGUUGUCAUUUUAGUGCAAUUAAAGCGGCGCGAAGAUAUGUGCUUCCUGUUGCAUUGUGGGAACUCAGAUCAACUGUUGGACCGAACACUCAUCUUCAAUCAGGGACUCCAUUGUUUUCGUACAUGCUUAUUCAAGGUCAUGUGCGACAGAUGAUAGUGUAGUUUGCUAAGCGUGACUACUGUCAGAGCUGGGACCAAACCAAAUGCAGACACCACUCAUGUUGCAAUCAGAGAGGGUGUGGUGGAGCGAUUACUGAACUGAACUGAAGUUUAAUGACUUGAAGAGUGAAUGAGAGGGGAAAGCAAUUAACUUCUGAUUGUGAUUUGUGUUUUUCCUGUAAUUGUUGUGUACUGUAUGUAUUCUCUCUCUCUCUCUCUCUCAAAACAUAGUAAACAAAAAUCUGGGACAUUCAAAUUAGUAUGAUAUGUUACGUUUGGUAUGGCAUGUAUUAAUUUGUGGACGUCCAUGAUGUUACGAAUUACAAUUUGAAUGAUA